AGGAGCACGAAGAUUUGAAAGAAGACCCACUGGAGGUUUCCCCAUAGGGAAUCUUUGCAGUGGUUGAGCAAGGUGCAGUGUGUGUCUGCAGAGAAGCUGUGGAGGGACAUGGAGAGGCAGCCCUCGGGGAAGAUCCUCUCCCUGGACAGGCAAGGCGCCAAGAAGGUGCUGGAGAUGUACGUCAGGCGCUCGCUGAGCUGCUGCGAGAACUCACCGGCAGCCAAGGAGGGAGCCAGGAGGGGAGGGAGGAAGGCAGAUGGGCUGCAACGGUCAAAAAGCGACUUCUGCAAGUAUUCCUGUGCCAAACACAGCCCCAGGAAGGAGCAGGAGGAGAAACCCAAAGUACAGAACCUGGGUGAGGUUGUUGAUGAUGACAGCAAAGCUCCUGUGGAGGCUCCUAAAGAGCAGCUGGAGAUCAAGAGGAAAAGCACCAAAAACGCUUCUCAGGGCAAAAUCCAGCACACCUGGUUCAAAAGUGCCUUAAAUUUCCUCUUGAAGAAGAGCCCAGAGGAGCAGAAGGAACAUGCAGGGCAAAAGGCAAAGGAGAAGGGUGCCCCAGCCCCCCAGAACAGACCAGAAGGGGCUAAAGGACCCCGAGUGGACUCCAGCAGAGCCCCGAAGAGGAGACCUGGCCUCAGGAGGGUUUUCUCCUUCAAGAAGCACGUGGAGGGGGAGCAGGGGGAGAUGGCAGCUGGGACAAAGGCCAAGAGACCCAGCUGCCUUCCCCUGAGGCACGUCCAGGCGCCGGCCAGGCCAGCAGCCCAGGAGCAGCGUGACGGUCACUACACGCGAGUGUCGGAGGAGAUCGGGCUGAUCGUGCAGGGCAGCGGGAGCCAGGGCAGCGCAGCCCCUGCCCACGGGGACCUGCCAGCGCCUGCCAGUGCCCCUGGGGCCGAGGAAGCCAUCAGGAGGAUCGUCGCCCUGCUCCAGAGCGCGGGAGAUGAGCUGGACAGGCAGGUGCAGGCAGACGCACGGCUCCGGCUGUUCUUCAGAGACAUGUCCUACAGCUCCUUCAAGCACCUGGCUGAUGCCUAUGUGCACAAGGAGAUGACGAGCAGCAGACCUGAUGCCAGCCCCCAGGAGAUCCAGUUUGCCUUCACGGUGCAUCUCACGGCCAAGGUGGCCGGAAUCUGCAACCAGGCAGUGAACAGGAUCAUGGGCUUUGGCACCCGCUACCUGGAGGAUUCCUUUGCACCCUUGUCCUACGGCAAAAUGCUCCAGGACAGAGACCAGUUCAGCACAGACAAGUGUGAGAGCCCAGACUGACACCAGCUGCUGCCAAGGGCCUGUGGAGCCUGGGAACCCAAGGAUGCAGAUGCAGAGAGGGGAGGGAGAGGCCCCCUGGUGACCUGGAUGGGGGGUGACCUUCUGAGCUGUGCAUUGAAAAAUCCUCUAAGGGAAACCACAGUGAGAGUUACAAGAGGAUGAAAUGCUGAAACCCCACCAGCCUGGGGGCAAAGACUCUGUAACCAAGCAACCCCCAGACUUCAGCCUGUGUGUGUGUUUCAGCUCUCACCCAGUGCCUGUGUUGGACCUCCCUGUUUGCUUGUGCAGGUCUAU